CCCCACGAGACUAAAAGAAACGCAGAAUUGCUGAUAGUGGACCUGGUGUUUCUGAUUUAUUGCUCGCAGACGUGUUCCGACCAGUUCAAGUACUGGUGGAGGUGCGGCCCCAUUUGUCGGCGCUGACUAGGCCGUCAUUAGCGAGUGUGGCACAGAUCGUGUGUCAUUGAAAGCAUUGCCUGUCACUGGUCCGGGUGCAUUUCGCUCGCCAUAAAUCACAACACGCUCACUCUGCAGCCGGCCAGCAAGCGCCUCGGCAGGUGCCGCGCACUUCUAACACAACCAGGCGGCUCUCGUUUCGCUGAUUAGCACUCAACUCGUCAGUAUUCCUCACGGAGCCCGCCACGGUGGAAGGAAGCAGCUCAAGGUUUCUCCAUGGUUAGAGUCGUGAGGCAGCCUUACAGGGGCAGUUAACGGCCGUCAGUGACAGAGGCAAUCGUUGUCACGCGCUCCGUACGCACUUCCUUCAAGCCUGCGCUUCUUCAACACGGAUACAACACGGAGUUUGACAGCAGCGCAGAAGAAACAAUGCUGGGCGGAAUCAGCAGCAUAACCAACAGCACAGACGUCAAGGAUGUCAAGUCUCGAGUGUUCAUCGGCAAUCUCAACACGGUGAAGAUCCCACGAGCCGAGGUGGAGAGCAUUUUUGCUCGGUACGGAAGCAUCAAGGGUUGCUCUAUCCAUAAGGGGUAUGCCUUCGUGCAGUACACCAGCGAGGCUGAUGCCAGGGCAGCAGUGGCCGGAGAGGACGGCAGACUGAUAGUCGGACAGGCUCUUGAUUGCAACCUGGUAUCGGAGCCAAAAACGAACAGACCAAAGCAAGGACAGAAAUCCAGACCGUCUCCUCCCUCACCCCACUUAAGAAAACAUCCCGCCAUAAAUGGGCACAUAGCGUACAAGCCUCCGCUGUGCUUCAUGUAUGAGUUGUGUCCCCCAGGAAGACCGGCGUGCAGGUUCGCACCAUCUCACGGUUUCCACGACCACGGGCCUCCGCCGCCGCUGCUGAUUGGUCCGGCGAUCCCCAAGCGGCCACGCCUUGGUCCUCCUCUGGCGGUGGCCAUGCGGAGAAGCCAGAGUCGCAUGAUUCGACACACGAACAUGUCAAAUGACGGGGACAUUCUUAUUUGCGGACGGUGCAAGCGGCUCUUCUCAAACAUCCACCGGCUCCAGCACCAUAAACUGGUGGGCUGCAGACCUCACGUCACCUGCGGCUGCAGGAAAAAGGACCUCAAAGUAGACGACUUCGCAGGUGACCAGCCUCCCGCGUCGCUGUCCUGUGCGGAGUGCGGCCAGCCCUGCAGCAGCCCGUGGGAACUCCUGCAGCACGCCAGUCUGCAGCACGACAACACGAUAUACCUGCAGGACCCGGACCGGGAGGGGGAGGGGGGCCAGAUCACGUUAGGGGACGCAGAGGGGUCUGAAGGGAAAGCUUCCUUGGAGAUGGAGAGUGACGUCACAUCGUCUGUCUCCGGAGAGAGCAUGGACGAACAGAUGAACGGUUUUGUUACCGACCUGAAACUGGAAACCGGCCGAUGA